CCAAUUCGCUGCCAAUUAAAACUAUUUGCGGUGCCGAACAUAUAAAAUUGUGCAAGUCUAUUGACUUUUCACUUAAUUUAACUGCAUUAAAGUAAAAUAUAUGGAUAAAUUUGAAAUCAUAUAACAGUUAAAUUCCUCAGCUUCAAUCAAAAAAUCUCUAAAUUACUACCAACAUUUGGUACACUGCGAUAUUUGGCAAAACUUAUGUCCUUGAAAUUAAACUAAAGCAAGUGAAGUUGGCGAAAUGUAAUGAAGGUUUGGACUUGUGCAUUCAUUUAUGUGUUGUUUUGUCCAAAAUAAAAGUAAUUUACCUUUCCUUAUAUUGCUGCACAUAAGUGAACUUAAAUACCUGAAUGUGUUGAAAAAGAGAAAUCGGUAAUUUUUCGUGUGUGCAAUAAAAUUGUAUCGUAAUUUUCAACUAUAUGUAUCCUAAAUCCAAUGAGUUUCAGUUUUUAAAACUUGCAACGUUAUAAUAUUGGUAUCUAUCAUCAAUAGAAUUGUAUAAUACAAUUUAUUUAAAAGAAAUCUAAUUUUCCACAAAUACGCCACCUGAGCUUACAUACAUAUAUCGGUGUUUGCACAUAUGUACUUACAUAAGUAUUAGGGUUAACAUUCAGUGGAAUUAUACCGUAUAAUUGAAAAACACGUUAAUUGCAUCCUCAGCCCUUUGCUGCAACAAAAUGGCAAAAAAUGUGAUAUGUCGCCCGCGUAUAGUGAUUGAUUAUAUUGAUAACGGGGCCAGUUCUCCGAAUGUAAAUAAUAAAUAUAUUAACCGCAUAUUUCGUUUCUUUCGCGUUUAAUAUGCCAAAAUACAAUACUCUAAUUGGUUUGCUUUAAAAUUCAAAAGUGGCAGCUCUGAGAUUUUCUCUGAGUAUUUGGUUGUGGGAAAAGAGAAAUUUUAUGUUGUAUUCAGUGGCGGCUUUUGAACCUGAAUAUUCUACUGAGCCUGAAUAACUGCUCUAUUCAUACAUUCACAAAUUAAUGGGAGGCGAACAUUACGUGAGUGUGUGAUUAGUUGAUUUGAUCUAUUAAAUAUAAAAUAAUUUUCUAAAGAUUAUCAAAUAAUUGAAGUGAAUCGUUUUUUUUUAUAAAAGUGUACUGUGUAUUUAUUGUUUCAUAUGAAUAUUCAGACUCAAGUUUGUGUUCAAUAAGUUAAACUUAAACAAUGAACGCGAAGAGUGGAAUCGCAAACACACACAUUCAGAAUUAAUUAAGACGAAAAGUGAAAAAUAACCACAUAUCGGUACAUACAUAGUUAUGCGAAUUAAAUGUAAAUUGAAAUUGGAAUAAAUUGUGGUACUCGGAUUCGCAAAUAAUAUUGAAAUAAUAAAAAUGAAUAAAUUGGUCACUGGGCCAAGGCCCAACUCAGUUAAAAUUCAAUGGUUUUGCAAUGAUUUUUUGUCCGAGUUAAAUUAUACCUCGAAAUAUUUGAAAUAUUGUCAAUACAUUUAUGUGGAUGAGGGAACGUUGCAUUGUGGGAACCCGCAGCAAGCAACCACCCUCACUUCUUGGACUGCAUGGAAUCAAUGAGACGCAGUGAGGUGAACGUUAGCCACCACCCCAAUAAGGUGGCCACUAAUAAAAGCAUAGUUACGGAUAGUAAUAAACACAAGUUGGUAGGAAGCACAAGUAAUACUUUGGUUUCACCUGCCUCAGAUUUAAAUAAAAAAUUGUCAUCAUCUUCGCACAAGCAUCAUUACCAAAAUUAUACAAAACACAACUCAAAUAAAAAGGUGGCAAGUUCAAAACAUUUUGGACAAUCGAAAUCGCAUUCAACACAGUCUAGUGGAGGUGUUAGCGUAAGCAAUAGAAGGGCUAGUUUCCCAAAACCAUCUGGGAAAGGAGUUAUUGUAAAUGCAGUAGCUAGGAAUAGCCCUGUAGUACAAGAAGCAAAUUGUCCGACAUCGUCAAUUUCCAGCGAAUCAAAGGAUACAAAUUUUGAGUACGAAGACGAAUGGGAUAUUGGUGGAAUACCUGAGUUGCUGGAUGAUCUAGAUGCUGAUAUUGAAAAAUCGUCGACGGCAGCACAAAAUUUAACAAAAACUUACAGUUCUGGUGGCGGCAUCAAUGAGCUUGGAAUAAUAUCAUCCAAUAUAAAAUCGACAUCAAAGUCGUCCUCAGUAAAUAAAGCUAGUUUAAAAUCAGAAAAAGGCAAAUAUGCAAACUUGCCAUUGUCAAAGUCGUUGAAUACAACAAUAACAGCAUCGUCAAAUGCGACUACUACGAAUUUUCCAGUUAAAAGUUCUAAAAGAGUUGCAAGUCCCAACAACUACAGCACAAACCCAAGUAAACGUUCAGACGUAGCCCUUAGCAAGAACAGUAAUAGUUCCCAACCAUUAAAGAAUUUCGAAAGCAAGUAUCAACAAUCACGCGAACAUAUAAAUUACAAAAGUCAACAGUCCACCUUUGAUGAGCAAAAGGCGGAUGGUGGCUUUAGCAAAAAAUUUGGUUCUAUUGCGACUAAAUCAUUACAAUCGUCUUCCUCAUAUCCAUUAUCGUCUUCUGUAUCUCUUCACGCCACACCUGCUACCUGCACAAGUGAGGGUAGCCAAAAGACUAAUACAUUAGCUGUAUCGACCUUUGCUGGAUUUUCGAAAGGCGGUAAUCUUGUGUCGUCAUAUAAAAAUUCCCAAAUACCCAAAAAUUUAGUUGGCGGUUCUUCGCUUCUACUUUCGGCAUUAAAAAACGAUUCACUAUCGAAUUCAUCAAAUCAUUCUGCAAGCGGCAUGUCAUCGCAAUCCAGUGGAAGCAGCAGUAAUAACAGUAGUGCGGGCGGUGGAUCUGGCGGUGGUCAAGGUGGAGCCCAAGGCAUUGGCGGUUCCGGUAGUGGUAAAUCGAACUCUAAAAUGUCCAUUGAUCAUCAAGCGACACUUGACAAGGGACUUAAAAUGAAAAUAAAACGUACCAAGCCGGGAACCAAAACGUCAGAAGCCAAGCAUGAAAUUGUCAAAGCCACAGAACAACAACAACAAAAUGGUUCCUUAGGUGUCAACAAUCCAGGUGGUGGUAGUAGCUCAAGCGGUUCAUCGCAAAGUGCAGGUAGUGGCAGCGGUUCGGGAUCAAAUUUAACCAAUAUAAGCGGCAGCAAUAAAAAGCAUCUAAGUAAUAUUUCCAGUAGUAAUAGUAGUAGUCAAGGCAAUAGCCACAACAGUAUGAACAGUAAUAAUUCGGUCUCUGGUGGUGGUUCCACCGGUUCCGGUAGCAGCGGUCAGGGUACUCCUCAAAGCAACAAGCGUGGUAGUUCAGGUCACCGGCGGGAAAAAGCUAAAGAGAAAACCACACAUUCCAAUCGUUUAAUAGCGGAUAAAAACGUUUCCACUUCGGCUGAAAAAGAUGGUCUCACCAAUGUCAAUGACAAAGGCAUCGCAUGUCAUUGCAAUAUUGACACCACAAAUGGAGCUGCGACUAGUGCAUGCACCAACCACGCGUGUUCACGCCGCUCAGAAAGUGCUAAUAGUUCAUCAAUUAGCGUUUUGUCCCAACGUAUGGGCAACAAUGCAGCCAAUAGCAAUGUUAAUAGUGGUUCUGUGCCACCAGGCGUAUUUACACCAUCAGUGGGCUCAGCCGCUGGUGUAGUAACUGCUGCUGCAGCUACAGCGGCCACACUACUAGCAGCCACAUCGGCUGCCCCAACUACUACUCCUCAAUCAAUGGGUAGUAAUAGUACACCAAAUGCACCCGGCCCACCGGGUAAGGAUGCAACAAAUUGUGGCAACAUUAAAAUUUCCUCACACAUUGCUGCGCAAUUAGCUGCAGCAGCAGCUUCUACCACCUUUAGUAAUAGUGCAACAAAUUCGUCUGCGAACAAUCUGAGCGGAAAUAAUGAGAGUAAGUCAAGCACUUCAAUUGUUCCUGUUGCGCAAGCAAAACUUAUGGCUCCCGGUAUGAUCUCAGCGACUGUGCAUCACACUAUUUCAGUUCCCGCCAAUUCCUCUUCCAGUACAACAACACAAUCGUCCAGCAAUAGCGGUCCAAACAGUAGCAAUGCUGGAGAUGAUAGCAUCAAGUCACCACCCGCCAAGCGGGCAAAACAUGGUGACCCUUCCUCGAAUGCAGCAUCGAGUACUUUAGCCAAAGAAAUGGUUGAUAUUUGUAUUGGUACCUCAGUGGGAACUAUAACGGAGCCAGAUUGUUUGGGUCCCUGCGAGCCGGGAACUUCUGUAACGCUUGAGGGCAUUGUUUGGCAUGAGACAGAGGGCGGUGUGCUUGUGGUGAAUGUUACAUGGCGCGGCAAAACUUAUGUUGGCACAUUACUGGAUUGCACACGUCAUGAUUGGGCACCACCCAGAUUCUGUGAUUCACCAACCGAGGAAUUGGACUCCCGAACACCCAAAGGUCGUGGAAAACGAGGACGAAGUGCAGCGCUAACACCAGAUUUGAGUAAUUUCACCGAAACAAGAAGCUCGAUAUAUUUUUCACAUGCGCAGGUGCAUUCGAAGUUGCGCAAUGGUACAACGAAGGGUGGUCGUGGUGCAUCACGUACUUCAAUUAGUGCAACCAGCACAUCAAAUACCACAACGACAACAAGUAGCUCUUCGUCGGGGAAUGGUGGUGGAGCCACGCCGAGCACAUCGCCAACAGCAUUCUUACCUCCACGUUCUGAGAAGAGAAAAUCGAAAGAUGACUCACCGUCGCCCAUUAAUGGCGAUACCGAGUGUACUGCAAAUGUAGCAAACGCCAGCGGUAUACCGAUAUCGGCGAGUGGAGGUGGUCUUGCUACGCAGCCUCAAAGUCUUGUUAAUCCUGUGACUGGCCUUAAUGUACAAAUAAGCACGAAAAAAUGUAAGACUGCCUCACCGUGCGCCAUAUCGCCGGUGUUACUAGAGUGCCCCGAGCAGGAUUGCAGUAAAAAAUAUAAGCACGCCAACGGGCUGCGCUAUCAUCAAUCUCAUGCACAUGGAAGCUCAUGUUCCAUAGACGAAGAUUCUUUACAAUUGCCCGAUGAGCCACCCACACCGACCUCUUCACCGGUGCCGUCGGCACAAAACAACAGAGCUACAACGCCAACUCCUGCAGAAAGCUCGACAUUGGCAACUGGUGCAAUGGCGAUAACUUCACCGGUAACACCGCCAAUUAAUGCACCAACUACUUCUGAAGCACCAACGCAACCAGCUGCAAUUUUGCCGCCAUCGACGCAACCCACAGUUACCGAUAGUGUCGGGGAUCCAGAACCUGUGAUUGGUGCUGCCACCACGCCCACACCCGGCACACAAACUAUUUCUGUUGCGUCGCUGACUGCAUCCACUCCAUUGUCUACUGCGCCAUCUAGUUUAUUGAGUGCGUCUCUUGGCGGUGGUGGCAGUGCCGGUGUUGGUGGCGUUUUAGCAGCCUCCACCGCACAAGCUCUUAUGCCACAAACACAACCACAGCAACCACAUCCUGUUGCCGGCGGCAGCAUAACAACGGGCAUUUCGGGGCAAGUUCUUUGUCAGCAACAACAACAGCAAACACUUGGAAUGCCAAAUGCUGGCAAUCCGCCAGCAUUGCUUUCCGAAACAUCUCCGGCUUCGGCACUUGCACAGCAGGGUGGACUGAAACCGGGUGUAUUGAGAUUUGGUCCCCAAAGCGAUGCGCCCAAUGCGGGUGCCCCACCGUCAAUAUUAGCAUUACAACAACAGGCAACACAAGGAGUAAACCCGCAGCAGAGUGCUAUAUCGGGACAGAGUCCUCAACGGGCACCACCGCCACAAUUAUCAGCGAAUUUGGAAAGUGUACAACAACACCCAUCGGCAAUAAGUACUUAUACCAGCUCGCCGGUGUCCAGUGGACAAAAUUUACAAGGCAUUUCAUUAACCACAAAAGGCUCGUCUGGCUUUGCAGCGGUGAAGCAAAAGAAAUGUCGAAAGUCGCCCGGACCUGUAGAGUACGACGGUGUUGUAACAAGGGAUAAUGUGCAGAGUCCUGCCUACAGUGACAUUUCGGAUGAUUCCACACCAGUGGGCGAACAGGAUAUUUUAGAUAAGUCACAACCUAAGCUUAUAGACUUACCAAACAAGAAACCAACUGAUUUGGGUUCUGUGGGCUUGGGUAGUGGUGCGCCGGGUAUACCACCCUUAGGCGGCUAUGGCAUGUAUCAGUUUUAUCAGCAACAGCAAUAUUUGGUGCCUCCCACUUCUUCCGAUCAGCAAUCGUCACAGGCGGCCAAUAAGGGCUUGUUGCCCUCCGCUCUGGUACAGCCAACGUUAACGCUUCCACCGUCACAGCAACAACAGCAAGGUGCAAUACAGUCCUCCCAUUUAAUGCAGCAGCAGCAGCAACAGUCACAUCAACAACAACAGCAAUCGCCACAUUUGUCCGACUACAGUAACAAAAGUAAAGAUCCGCCACUAGAUUUAAUGACGAAGUCAUCGCAACAGCAGCAGCAGCAACAACAGCAACAAGCUGUUAGUCUUCAGCAACAAUUGCAAUCGCAAGAUGUCAGUGGUAAUCAAAAAGAUAACCCAACAGGCCAACCACCACAGUCUUCGGUGAAUUUAAGCAAUAUCGGUCCGCCUAAUAAUGGCUUACCACCAGGUAUGGGCUCAAUGUCAUCGUUGGGGCCAUCAGGUGUGGGACCGGGCGGGUUGCCAGCACCUACACCCGCUAAAUCCUUAUCACAUUUUUACCCCUUCAAUUACAUGGCUGCCGGUUAUCCUUAUAAUGUAGAACCCAAUUAUGGACCUGUAUCGAUUGUAUCUUCACAAGAUGAUCCAGUAAAAUUGAGCGCCCACGGUGGUUUACCCACGUCGCAGUCGCAAAGCAAUGCACCUCCACAUCCAAAUUCCGGUGUCAUUAAGGAUGAACGCCUCAAGGAAAGUCCUAGUCCGCAUGAAAUAUCCAAGCCAACACCUCAGCAGCAACAAUUGGUUUCGACGAAACACAUCAAAAGCGAGCCAAUGACAAAGCAGGAGAUAAAGCAAGAGCACAAUCCGCCUCCUCAGUCUCAACAACAGCAGCAACAACCGCCACCGCAGCAGCAACAACAGCCGCAACAACCACAUGCACUACAUCCGAAAGAUUUGCAAAACUUGGGUACAUAUCCGAAUAUAUAUCAGCGUCAUCCAAUGACCUUGGCCGCACAGCAGCACUUGUCACGUGAGGAGGAAUUUAGGAGGUACUAUAUACUCUCGGACGAGCAACAACGCCGCCAAAAUACAGUCGCAGCUCUACGAGCGCAAAAUCCCUCCAACAGCGGACCGCAUGGCUCGCUGCAAGCACAAGUGAUGGGACAGCAUAAGGACGACACAGGCCCAUCAGCACAGCACCAACAGCAGAUGGCAAUGGCACAGCAGCAGCAGCAACAACAACAACAACAACAGCAGCAACAACAUCAGUCGCAAAAAAGUAAAUCACAAAGUUGCUCUAGCAGUAGCGGCGGCAAUUCCGGCAGUGGUAAAGCAACAAAUCUCACCAAGGAGAGCUCCAAGCAAAAGCAACAAGAAGAAGAAGUCAAAGUUAAACAGGAGGGACAGAAACCCACUAUGGAGACACAAGGACCACCGCCGCCACCAACAUCACAAUACUUCCUGCAUCCAUCGUAUAUAGCGCCAGCACCGUUCAGCUUCGAUCCCAACCAUCCGAUGUAUCGUAAUGUCUUGAUGUCUGCCGCCGGCCCUUACAAUGCGGCGCCGUAUCAUUUACCCAUGCCGAGAUAUCAUGCGCCUGAGGAUCUGUCACGCAAUACCGGCACAAAGGCACUCGACGCGCUACACCACGCCGCCAGCCAGUAUUACACUACGCACAAAAUACACGAGCUGAGUGAGCGUGCACUGAAAUCACCGACGAGCGGCGGUGGUGGUGGUGGUGGCAGUGGUGGUCCGGGUGGCGCGGUCAAAGUCAGCGUAUCUAGUCCGAAUGUGGGUAUGCAGCAGCAGGGUGUUGGUGGCGGUGGCGUAACUGGGCCGGGCAGUGGUCCGAAUACGGUACAAAAUGCACCCAAUAGCGGCAGUCAUUUGCCACCAACAAAUCAGACGUCUGUGGGUGGCGGUAUGCCAUUAAAUCUGCAACCGCCACCGACGGGCAUGGGUGGCCCGCCAAAUAAGUCUGAUGUGCUGGGCCAAAAGGUGUUGAGCGGUGGACCAGGCGGUCCGGGUGGCAGCUUGGCGGGCGGACCGCUAAAUAUCGAUGCACACAAGCAACAGGGUGGUCCCAGCGGGCCAAACAGUGGCGGCGGUAUUAGCGGUGCUCCUGCCGGUGGUAAUAACAACCCGGCAGAUUCACGUAGUCCGCCGCCACAACGACAUGUGCACACACACCACCACACCCAUGUGGGGUUGGGUUACCCCAUGUACACGGCACCCUAUGGUGCUGCAGUAUUGGCAAGUCAGCAAGCUGCUGCCGUAGCUGUGAUAAAUCCUUUUCCUCCCGGACCAAACAAAUGAGAAACACAGAACGAAAAGAAUCCAUAUAAUAUGAAGACAUAAUGCAUUUGUCUUGCUAAACAAAUAUCCGCAUUUAUUGGCAAACACGUUGGCAAUUAUGGAUUCGUGAUAUUGCGUGCGUUGUGAAGCAAAAAACUUAAAACAGUUACAAAUCAAUCAAAAUUGUAUAAGGUCUAACUACUAACGAGUAAUGAGUGCGGAUUGGAGUAUAUGAAACGUAUAUGGAUUAAUGGUUUAAAACCCAAAACAGGCGAAAACAUGUGAGGACUAACGUAAAGGAAUACUUAUGUAUUUUAAGCAUUUAAAGAAACCAGAAAAUCAAUAAUUUUGACAUUUAUUUGUUUAAUAUUUUAUUGAAUCUGACUAAUUACUUACUGACUAACAGCUUACAACUAGGCAGUAAUGUUUAUAUAGCAGUACAAGGGGAUGCCCAGCCGACAAUUAGCUAUAGAGCGUUAGAGAAAACAGGGAGGGCGUGAGAUAGUGCGUGCGUAAGCAAUGUGGUGCACAUGAAUGGGAGAAUAAUUCGUUAACUAAUUUGAAAAAAAGAGUUUUAGAAAUUAAUAAGUUACAUUACCAACUUUAAUUGUAAUACGCUGCACUAAACUAUUUAAUUAUAACGCAAAAAAACACAAAAAAAAAAAAGCAAAAACACACUAUUAUAGAAAAGUUAAAAAUAAAUGGUUAGAUUUAUUACAGAUAAGGUAGUAUAUGUAUGUGCGAUAAAUCAAUGUAACCGAGAACUUGAUAACUAGAAUUUAGUGAAACCACACAAAUAUAAUAUAUAGCAAUAUAUACUAUAUAUAAAACAGUAGUUUUCUAAAGCAAUGCACGCGAACAAUACCAUUUGUAGUUAAAUUAUUUCACAUUGUAGCUUAAGCCAGCUGAUAAAAGAACUGUUGGAAAAAAGCAGUAAACAAAAAAACAAACACAAAAACAAAAAUUAUAAUAAUCAAAAUACAGUUCAAGCAGUAAUGUAACACACUCGCA